ACCCAGCAAAAGAUGUCGACCAUUGUGCAGAAGGUGGGGGGCACGGGGGGGAAGGCCUUCAGCCUCAGUGGAACAGAGAACGGGGCGGCGCUCAACAAGAUCCGGGUGUGGAUGAGCUACGACCGCAUGCUGUCCGUCAAGGUGUGGCUGACCGACGGCACUGCCCAGGUGUUCGGGACCUCCCACGGCCCGCACAAGGAGUUCCAGUUCGGGGGCGGGGAGAAAUUCACCUCCCUCACCCUCUGGAGGAGCCGGGACGGCGGCCACGUCGGAGGGAUCCACUUCAAGACCAACCAGGACCGAGAGUUCUCCACCAAGGUCGUGGACAGCCAGCUGGGCCCGGAGGUCGUCAUGGACAUCGGCUCUGGGAUCUGCCUGGGCGUGACGGGGACCUACUACUGGGAUCUCAACAGCCUGGGAUUCAUCUUCCUACAGGCCAUCCAGUACUCGCAGGUGACCGGCGUGAAGUACCCCACCCUGCCGGGCGCCGUGCCCAGAGUGGAGAUGGAGGAGAAGAAGACCAUGACGUUCGAGAACGACAGCGGCGACGUGCAGGAGUACCGCAUGGACGUCACCGCCAAGUACACCAAGCGCUCGGACUGGUCCAUGACGCACGGCAUCCACGAGACCUUCGCCUUCAAGGUGAAGGCGGCCAUCCCGGAGCUGGAGAAGGACGGGGCGGCCUACCGCCUGGUCCUCGGGCCCGAAGCCUUCCGCACCGUGAGCUCCGAGGAGACCUCCGCCCGCACGGUGACGGAGAUGGUGAGCGUGGCGCCGGGGAAGACCAAGCACGUCACCGCCAGGUUGGGCAUGGCCGUCGUGCAGCUGCCGUACGACGCCGUGCUGGAGAUCAACUUCAAGGGCGGCGCCAAGAUGGAGAUCAGCAUCCGCGGCACUUACACUGGCCACCUCUACACAGAUAUGAUUUUCACUGAGUAAUCGCCUGCCCGAAUAGCGAUGUGUAAUAUUUCUCAUCAUUAAUGCAUUCAUUCAUGCGUUUUAUUUUCUUGGCCUUGAAAGAAACUAAUAAACCAAAGAAAUUUAAUAAACCAUGUUUUUUUGGGGGGUACUUUAUCAAAUAUGAAUAUGGAAGUGUGUCUCAUAUUGCAUUGUCAGUAUACAGUAAAGUCUGAAUAAAAAAUGUUUUCUAUCCAA